CGUUGGAAGACUCCUCACAGACAAGCCGAUCAAAUUUGAUAUCUUCAAGAAUGUGAUUGCUUCAGUCUGGAAGCCAGCAAUGGGUGUUCAAAUUACGCAAGGCGAGGAGGGAAUCCUGUGGUUUCGUUUCUUUCACCCAAAAGAUGCGGAAAGGAUUCUUGAUGAGGGCCCAUGGUCUUAUGAUAAUGCAAUGCUACUGUGCGUUAAAAGCAACUGUUGGGGACAACAUCAGACCUGCAGAUCUUAAUUUCCUGGAUAUCUGGGUGCAAGUCUAUGGACUCCCGUUCGGAUAUACGUCCAAGGGGGUCCUAGAGGCAGUCGGGAACUUUUUAGGCCGCUUCAUUAUGGUGGAUGACAGGAACUUAACGAAGCCCUAUCAAUCAUUCAUGCGUGUUCGCGUUUCGAUCGACGUGCGGCGCCCCCUAAAGAGACGGAUGAAAUUGACAAAGCGUGAUGGAUCAACUACCUGGGUUACUUUCAAAUAUGAAAGGCUUGGGACCUUUUGCUAUUUUUGUGGGAUCCUGGGCCAUCUUGAGAAGCACUGUGCAAGUGCGGUACAAUCGGGAAUGGAAGCAGAAGCGUGGCCAUAUGAUGACAAUAUCAGGGCAGGAGGAAAGAAGAAACUUGCUGGGAUAGGUGCCCCAUGGCUCAGGGAUAUGGCGGACAGAGAUAUUACAGGACGUUCCUCCAUCUCGGCUAAAGCUGACAAGUCUAGUUUGGAGGGCGGCAUGGAGGGUUUAAUUACAAAAAGGAAGAGAAGAAACAAUGAUGAGAUGAUCGUUGAUAUGAACAUCACGGCUCAUGAUGCUGGACUUAAUGAUACGGCGGAUGUGACCAUGGAGGGAUACCCGUAUACGUGGGAGUGGAAGAAGGGCACUCCAGACUGGGUAGAGGAAAGGCUUGAUAGGGCAGUGGUCUCCCUAUGCUGGAGGGAUAUGUUUCCACGCAGCAGGCUUGUUAACAAACUUUCAUGUUGUGGCAGAGCUUUCUCGGACAGGAUUCAUCUUUGUGGAGAGAAACUUGAAGGUUGGGGCAAAGGCAAAAAUGGAGACACAGCCGAAAAAAUUAGCCACUUGAGGGGCAUUCUAGAGAGACUCCGCGGAGUUCGUAGCCCGGCAGCCAUGACGGAAAGAAUUAACAUCACAAAGGAGAUUGAUUCCCUGAUGGACAAGAAUGAUUGCUACUGGCGGCAACGAGCAAAACAACACUGGCUUAGUGAGGGAGAUCGAAAUACUCGUUUUUUCCAUAACUAUGCUUCGCACCGAAGGAGGAAAAACUAUAUUCGUAAGCUCAGGGACUCCAAUGGCAACUGGCACGAAGGAAGCAAUCUCACCAAGCUUGUGUUUGAUUUUUACUCGGAUCUCUUUGUUUGUGCUGGACCACGAGAUGGGCAAAGGCUGAGCUUCAGGAGGAUUCGGGACUUCAAUGUCGCUAUGAUUGGAAAACAAGGUUGGAGACUGAUUGUCAACCCAGAUUCCUUAGUGGCGAGAGUCUUUAAGGCGAGGUACUACUCAAAAGGGGACUUCCUGAACGCGGGGCUUGGCUCAUCACCGAGUUUUGUGUGGCGGAGCAUUUUAGAAGGCCGAAAUCUUAUCAUUAAUGGCAUAGGUCGACGGAUUGGGGACGGACGAGAUACUCUAAUUUGGGAUACUCCUUGGAUUUGGGACAAGGACAACCCGUUUAUUACAUCUUCAAAACCCCCUUUUUGUCCAAACUUUAGAGUUUCUUAUCUAAUUGAUCCGGAAACUAAUGCAUGGAAAAUGGAUGUGGUGCGGGAAUGGUUCUCAACCGAAGAUGCAAUCCGAAUUCAACGUACUCCGGUGUCUCUCUCUCGCAAGGACUGUUGGUAUUGGAGGGCGGAAGCACAUGGAAAUUACACAGUGAAGAGUGCUUACAGGAGGCUAUGCGGGGAAGCAGCGCAGCUAGAGAGUUUCGGCCAGUGGAAUCGACUUUGGGGACUGCCCAUCAUACCAAAGGUAAAAAAUUGUGUGUGGAGGUGCUUAAGGGGUGUCUUACCUACGGCUAUAGCUCUUAGAGCCAAAGGGGUUGAUAUUGAGCCUAACUGCCGCAUCUGUGGAGCACCGGAAGAAUCAGUGGAGCACGUUUUCCUUUCCUGUCCUUUUGCUCAGGCUACUUGGAGACUCCUACACAGAGAGAUCGCCACAGGUAUGCACGAGAACUUUAAUAAUUGCUUGGCGGCUGUUUUUAGAUCGGCGUCGGCUGUCGGUGGGGCAGUGACGGCUGCGGGUAUUUGGGCUAUCUGGAAAGCUCGAAAUCAGGCCUGCUGGGAACUCAAGGUGGUCAGACCGGAGGUUGCCGCUGAUUGGGCACGAGAAGUAUGCGUGACUAGGACAAGUCGUGACUUAAAGGGUGGCACGAUGGCGACGUCAGAAGGGGCGGGGCUUCAGCAGUUGAACCGGCCGGAUCUCCUGCGAUGCUUUGUUGAUGCGGCCAUGUUUGAACAGGAGGGUUUUACAUCAGUGGCGGCAGCCCUUCUUGAUGGGGCAGGCACGUUCAUCGGGGGCUUCAACAAGCUUGUCACCUGUCCCUUAGUACCAAGGACAAGUCGUGACUUAAAGGGUGGCACGAUGGCGACGUCAGAAGGGGCGGGGCUUCAGCAGUUGAACCGGCCGGAUCUCCUGCGAUGCUUUGUUGAUGCGGCCAUGUUUGAACAGGAGGGUUUUACAUCAGUGGCGGCAGCCCUUCUUGAUGGGGCAGGCACGUUCAUCGGGGGCUUCAACAAGCUUGUCACCUGUCCCUUAGUACCAAGGUAUGUUGAAACUUUUGCUAUUAAGGAAGCCCUAUCUUGGCUCAAGGAGAAGAAUGUCCAUGAUGUCGCUGUUUUCUCUGACUGUGCUCAAGCGGUCCAUGCUCUAAAGAAUGACGUGAUAGAAGCUCGGUCAUAUCUGAACACGGUGGAGGAUGAUUGCAAAAAACUUGCUUAUUUCUUUAAUUAUGUUAAUUUUUUUCACAUUCCUAGACAGUCGAAUUUGAUUGCACACACCCUUGCUAGAUUGGCUGUUAAUGGGUGCUAUGAAUGGCAUUCUAUUCCCCCAAAUGAUGUAUUGCAUUUGCUUUGAUGAAUGAAAGUGUUUGACUUUC